ACUGACCCUCAUCGAACCUCGGUACAAGAAGUUAUCUUGUGGGAAUUCACUGACAUAGCAGAGUCCCUCCUGAAGUCAACAUGUCUCGUUCAGUGCAUUCAAAGUCACGGCUAGAGAAACCCAGAGUGCCUUCUGCGCAUUCAUCACAAGUGGUAAAUGUAACAGCAACACCUGAUAUUGUCCCUGGGCGUCUGACAGAGCAAGACUGGCUCUCUAUGGUAGCAAAGGAAGAGGGGGAGAAUGUUGUUUCUGAUAUUCUUGAAGACCUAAUGGCACGGGUGAUGGAGCAGAGCCUCAACGCAUAUGUACAAAGAGAGCUGAUUCCCUAUGCUGUUUCCAACUCAUAUAAAACUAUAGUGCAGGUUAUCCAGUGCCGUUUCAUGGAGCCCGAUAAAGGAGAAAAUGUGGAAUGCAACCCUACUUGGGAAGAAGAUGAAGAGCCCAUGGCAAGCCGUAUAGAUUCUUGGGCUAGCGGAGCAGUACCUGUGAUUUACAACCGACAGAAACAACACAGCACUGCAAGUCAGGUGUGCCCUGAACCCAAAGCUAAACAAAAUGUACCACUUCUUCCCAAAGCAAAGAAAAUACAAGAGGGGUCUAAUUCUAAAAACAGGAAGCUGAAUGAUGCAAAUCCCAGAGCAAAAAAAUCUGAAAAUAUACCAGCUAAUUUAAAACCUCAAACUAUGCUGAAGCCUAUUCCUCCUAUCAAUGAAAAGAAGGUCAAACGGGAGUACCAGCGACACCGGGGGCCUCUGCGUUCAGCUGGCCUGCGCCAUAUCACCAAGCCCUUAGAAGUAACUGAAAAAGAACUUCUUAUUGAGAGUCUUUCAAAAUCUUUUCCUGCAGAACAGGAUGUCCCUGAUUUGCUCCCUUCUUCAUUCUAUAAUGUGCUUAAGAUCCAGGCUGGGAGACCGCCACAGCGCAGCAAUACUAUGACCUUUGAUAAAUCUGGGAAUGUCAUAUCCGUAGGUAAACUGGACCCUAUCAAGCUACCGAGAAACAAGCUGGAGGUUACCUGGGAGGUGGUUGACCCAAGUGAGAAGACAAGACAGGCCUAUAUUGACCCUCUUCAGCCAUUAGGACAUAUGCAAAGUAGUUCCAAAGUGCAGAAAUCUAGAGAACUUAAAACAUCUCUUGAUGUCAAAAGAGUUGUUGAGUUCUCUAUAUCACCUUUAAACAAAGCAAAGUACACUCUGAAACGAAGUAUUGAUUCCAGAAAGCAGACCUCCUUCAGCUGGGAACAAGAGGCACCAGAAGAUCGAUAUUUAGUACAACAAGGCCCACUUCCAGUACCUGGCCAUGUGCUGUGGGAUUCCAUUGAACUUUCUCCAGGUGUGACCAUUAUAGAUCCUACAGGCAACAGACGUAGUGCCCUGAAAGAGCCAAUAAGGCAACACAGCAGAAGCAGUCUGGAUGGGAAAGUGCUGCGACCAAUCCAAUCAUCAAUACAGCAGCCUUUAAUCACUGCGGAACAGAUCGUCAGUGGAAAGGCUACUAUAAUGCUUGGUACUCCUGUGGUUGGACAGAUAUGAGACACAUCAUGUUAUAGUAACUCAGCAAACUUUCAUUCAAGAUUUACUGAUCUCUCCCUCUUCUUCCUUUCAGUUUCUCAAAAUUGUAAUGAGUUGCUUACAUUCUCAAAGGCGUCUAAUCAAAUUUAGGGUCACAAGGUGGGUUAGAGCCUAUCUGAUGGCCCUGGGCAGGGCACUGUAGUCCAUCACAGGUCUGUGUCACCAAUUUGAUAUUGAAUGUGAUAUGUAAAUUUGCAUAGAUGUGCUUUUUUAAUUUCACUUGCUCUUUUUACAUCUGUUACAUAUGUCACACAACUGGUUUACGCUUUUAACAUUGGAAAAUAAGUGGCACAGCUGUUCGCACUUUUGGUGCCUUAUCUGUGUGGAAUAUGCAUGGUCUUAUCUUUCUGUGUUUGUUCUUACCCACCAGAGAUGUGCAUGUCAGGUUAAUUAGUGACUCUAAAUUUAAAGUGUGAGUCCUCUGAUGGGCUGGCUUAGUUCUAAUGCUGAUGGGGCACACGUUUUGAGACCUAACAAUGGAAAUACUAUGGAUGGUUUAUUUGUUUACUGUGAAUAGUUAUAUUUUAGGACAUCCAUUAUCCAACCUGCUAUAUCCUAACUACAGAGUCACG